AUGGAUCCGUUUACAGGACUAGCGGAAGCCCUUUCGCAAUGUCAACACCACUACAGCGAAGCUCUCAAGCUGAUACAAGAGACAUCGAAGAAAAAUGAAUCCACCCGACGCGAGCUUGAGCUAGCUUCUCAAAAGCUGAAAGAGUAUGAUAUCGACCAAGUACGCCAGGAGCAACGAAUCCAAGCCAUAUCUAAAGAAAAUGCGGCUCUCAAGGGAACUGUCGACGAACUCAAGCAGGAACUUCGAGAUCAAGACAGCGCUCGUCUACAAGAUGACGAUGCUGUCUUCGAAAAAGGCCUCCUUGAUGAGGCAAAGAGACGUGAUCCCGAAGACCUUAUAUACAAAUUCGACUCGUCUCCAGGAAUUGUGGACUAUGACCUCUACGCUCGUGUUUCCGGGUUUUAUUGUGACCUUUACGCCGAAAAUAUCAACCUGAUAAAAUCAUUCUGUAAACUGCGCCGAAAACACAAGGCUACCAAUGAAAAGCUAGCUCAGUGGAACCGCUUGCUGGAAAAGACCAUCUUUGAGACUGUCGUUAAUGGUGAGGCCGUUACGUUCCGGAGAGUCGGCCAAGGGUAUCCCAAGGAAACAAUCAUUGCCGAGUCUCCAAGCUUGCCUCCGAUAAAACGUCAUAUGCCCCAGAGCUGUGAUGGUCACGACAAGGACCCUUCUUCUUCUCAACCCCCAGAUCAUCGCUCCGAUCCUGCGUCAACCCAAUCGCAAGACCUUAGGUAUGAUGAGCGGCGGCUCCCUCCACCAGAGUCACCAGAUACCCCAACGAUCGUUAAAGAAAGGCCAGUUCGCAGACAGCGAGCCAUAACCCCCACUCACUAUCCCGUAAAAGUGGAACAGAGCCCUACGGGUAUUGGCACUGCUGAUAAACCUUUCGACAUUAAGAGUGAACCAGUACCCAGCUCGCCGGCCCAGGUAGCUGCUAUCCCGCAAUAUGCGAUCCAUUACGAAGAACGUAGAUAUGAGCAUGUCUCCAGUCCUACACUUGAUCCAAUCGAGUCACCACUACCCAAACCUAGGUUUGCCGUUUUACAUGACAGACGCAGUCCCUUACCUGUUCUUCAGGAAGAUCAGUUGGAACUCAAUGCAGGCCAGCAGAUAGAAUCGCACGGCAAAAAGCGAGGAAGACGAGUUCUACAGUCUGUUAAUACCAAUGUGACCCCCAUACGAAAACCCAAAGACCAUACAGAGCCUCAGUCAAAACGUCGAAAACCUUACUACCCGAGAAGUGCUUAUGCCAUUCCACGUGUUGCUGAGGACAACGAAGCAGAGGAGUACUUGGCAGGACGAAGAGCGUUACGCUCCUCUAACACUGCGGGUGCUAAGGAAAGCACACCGGCCGCUAAAAUGCGACAGGCUCGUCUCCAAGACCUUUUGGAAACUAAUUAUACCCCGCGGCCUAUUUUACUCUCAACUCCUCCUCAAGCGGCUACAGCUAAAUCUAGCAAGUUUGCAACCCCUCGAACCCCAAACGAUAAUAUUAAAAUUUUGAAGACGUCAUCCAUUCAACAACCUAACUCUGCACAGCAUUCAGAGAGUCGUGAGGGUGUAUCCUCUUCUCAGGAAGUGGAUGAAGAUGAUGAGAUACUCCCGCAAACUCGUUAUCGCAAAAGGCCUCCGAAUGAACUUAGCCUGGAACACUUCAAGCUUAACCCGAAUAGAAACCAAGGGCUGGACUAUGCAUUCGAUGAGGUCGUCCGAGACAAGAGCAUGAGGAAGCAGCUUCGUGGAUGUCUAAGGCAAGAUUGUUGCGGCCCACUCUACCGUAACAUGGCUAAAGACGAGCUCGGUGAGGAACCUCGCUCGCUGAACACCCUUACUCGAGCAGACCUUGAUCUUCUACAAGAAGAUCUAGGUAGCAAUUAUGCACAAUUUCUAGAGGGCAAAUCCCCCAUCGAGAUCCGUGAUAUCUUGAUUGAAGCCAAGGCCAGCAUUCUUUCGAAUAAGUUUAGCAAGCAUCGAAGUGCCCAUCGCCACGGAAGAUCGCCGCCUGGGUAUUGGAGGACCGAUAUGCCGAAUACACAGGAGAUUGAACAAGACCGCAUGAUGGCACAGAAAUUUGAACAGGAGAAAAUCCUUGAUAGAUAUAAAGAGGCAUGUAAGGACAACGGAUAUUGGAAGUUUGCGGACGAAUAG